AUGGCAAACCAACUGAUUUCUCGAAAGAAAGACGUGGAGACAGAGGAGAAUCAGGAAAGAUUGAUCCUUUGGGACAGCUUGGAGAGCGUGGCGAGGCAAUCGAGGGACCAGUGCGUAUGUUUUGGGGGGGAUUUUAACUCUAUUCGUGUCUUAGCUGAGAGGAAUGGAAGGGGCGCGCAUUUCUCCCCCAGAGAUAUCCAAUCCUUUGAUCAGUUUGUGAGAAGAUGUGAACUCACUGAAAUUAGACUUCAAGCGAGAAAGUUCACGUGGUAUCAACCACAAGGGCAGUGUAAAUCAAAACUGGACAGGUUCAUGCUGAACGAAGAAUGGUUGGCUGUCUGGGAUCAGUCUAAAGUUAGGGGUCUUCAAAGGACGGUCUCAGACCAUUGUCCUAUUCUUUUGGAUACGAAAAAGGUGGACUGGGGACCAAAACCCUUUAGGUUCCUCAACGCUUGGACAAGACACCCAGAUUUUGAAACGGUGGUGAAGGAAUCGUGGCAACGGGGCGGGAUUUCUGGAUGGAGCAGCUUCAUUUUCAAAGAGAAAAUUAAAAGACUGAAAAAUGAUCUUAGGGUGUGGAGCAAGACAGGUUUCGGUUUGGUUGACGAAAAUGUUUCAAACCUUAGGGAGGAAAUUUUGAAAUGGGAUUUGAUCGACGACGCUAUCGGCUUGGAGGAGGAAGAGGUGGGUAAAAGACGCGAGGCAAAGGCGAAUCUGUUGAUUCAGUUGCAACACAGAGACAACAUCCUGGCGCAGAGAUCAAGGAACUGA